AUGGACUUCUUUACGGAACAAUUUGAAGGUGAAGAUGACUGCGACUGCGAGUUUGGUGAAGUCAAAGAUGCCUUGUUGGAAGAUUUAGAGAAGAGUAGCCAUGCAUCGCCACAAGAUCAUGAUGACAAUGUGCAAUGUCAAGCGCCUCCAAAAAAGGUCAAGAAGACUCUUGGUUCACUUACAAGUAUGCGCAAGAUGUUGGAGCAGUCUUGCUCGUUGCAGUCACCAAGAAGCAGACUGGCGCAAGAGAUAGAUUACAGGAAAAUCCCAACUGUGGAAGGCGACGACGACCCUCUAUUGGAUGACUCCAUGGCCUCUCUUGGAAUAUGUGAUGACGAUCAACAUGAGUUAGGCGAGAAAGAAGAAGGUGAAAAUGAGGACAGUGAGGAAGACAUUUCCGAUGAAGACAAAGAUGAGAAUAUGAAUGAAGAUGGGCAUGAAAAUAAAGAUGAAGGUGAGAAUGAGAAUGAUGAUGAAGAUGAGAUUAAAGAUGAAGAUGAAGAGGAAGAUGAGAAUGACGACGAUGAGAAUAUGAAUGGAGAUGAGGAACGCCAUCUUCUUGAUUUGUUGGUUAAUUCCAUGGGAAAGGACCAAGUUCGUGGGCAGUUUCAGGAAGGGAGCGGUGGUAGAUUUAAAAAGAAGGAACUGGGACAAUUGUCAUGGAGGGGCAUCAUUCAUCAUUUAUACGAAACCAACAGAACGAUUGUUUGCAAAUGCGAUGGCAAGAAGCCCAAGCCAACAAAAAAAGCCCCCGCACACAAAAAUAUCGCCUUGUCCGAAAACCAAUCUCAGACACGCCUUGUUUUCUCGAAUAAUAUAAACGCAAUCGGAGAUGACGAGGCAAUGUUUCUACUUUGA